UAUUAAUGUGUCAACUCUAUUUUAAAGGUGACUAGAGCUGGUUUAUCUGUUUUAUAUGACUCACUGCAAAACAUCUAAGUAAUGAUUGAUCAGUUGUUGAAUCUCAACUCUAGUUUUCUUUAAAUAAGUGAAAAUCUCUGUCAGAGUAGUUAAGCUAUUUUAACCUGUUUCCUUCAGAAAUCAGGUUUUCUUUAGAAAUGACUGUGAGAAUCUUAAAAGAAUAGAGAUGCAGCGUGAAAAUCUGUCACUGUGGGGUGUUUUAUUUAUUUAUUUAUUCGUUUAUUUUUUACUUUUAAAAACUGUGGAACAGAGGGUAGCCCAUUCAUUAUGUCUCUUUAGCAGCCGCAGGUGACUGAAUAAUGUAUCAGCCGUCCCCCUUAGCUGAGGCGGCUGCCUGCAAGACCUUACCCGGGGGCGGGAAUGAAUGGUCUUCUUCAAAGGCCGCCCAGUAGCCGGCAGGAAACACGGAAGUUAGUUUUGUUAAGUGUCGUGGCCCGGGACGUGUUGAUCAUUAUGUUUGUUUCGAGAUGCGAGCGUUAAUGCAAACAAUACGGAGCGUUAGACACCGAGCAACAUCAGCUGCGAUGGCUAAAGAAGUUUCAGAGCUCUCUAUUCCAGUCCCAUGGGGAGAGAUCAGAGGUAAAGUCUGGGGUCCUGAUCAUGGUCAUCCGGUGCUGUGCCUGCAUGGCUGGGCUGACAACUGUGGUACUUUCAACAACCUCAUUCCCCUGCUGCCCAAAGGGUGCAGAUAUGUGGCGGUGGACCUGGCGGGUCACGGUCGGUCAUCACAUCGUCCUCCUGGAGUUUUCUACCUCUUUCCUUCGUACGUGGCGGAUGUACUCAGAGUUGCUGACGCCCUGCAGUUGAAGAAAUUCUCUCUCUUGGGUCACAGUAUGGGUGCUGACAUUGCUGGACUGUUCAGUGCACUAUAUCCUGAUAUGGUGGAUGCUCUCGUGCUACUGGACGCUUAUGGAUUCUUACCGACAGAUUCGAAAGACAUACCCAAAGUGAUGAGGCAGGGGAUGGAUGAGAUGCUUCAGUUUGAACAAAAGACAGAAGGAGAGAAAAGAGUCUACACUUACGAGAAGGCAAUUGAGAGGCUGUCAGCUGCAAACCCAUCUCUGUCUGAACGGUCCUUGCACAUCCUGUUAGAGCGAGGUCUCGAUCAAGUUGAAGGGGCAGGAUUUGUGUUCUCCAGAGACCUGCGAGUUAAUUUUAAAAACAUAGUGCGCAUCAGUUUGGAGCAGAGUCUGGAGAUGCAGUCGAGGAUUCAAGCCUCUGUGCUAGUUGUUCUAACAGAAGAAGGCUUUGAUCGGAUAUUUUCUGAACAAGCCCAAAAGAAGUUUACUUUACCACUUCUCCAAGGCUUCAGGGACAGAAAUCACAAGGUGGUGACGGUACCGGGCGAUCAUCACAUCCACCUGAAUAAUCCCGAGGUCGUCGCUCCGUUUGUGUCUGACUUCCUGCAAACUAAAGUGUUGCCAUCGUCAGCCGGCCUGGAGCAAAAGUUAUAAACUGCAAACACUUCCUAACACUGUCACAGUUAAGUCAUGUUUUAAAUUUGUCUAUAAUAUCAACCCGUGUUUAUAUUAACAACUCCCACAAAGUUCCAUCAGCACAUUGCAACUUUAUUGGCAAUUCUAAAUAGGCACCUACAUGGCAGUUCCAGCCAAAACUCUUUUUUUUAAUUUGUUAGACCCAUUAGCACAGCAUGAGUUCACCUCUACAGGAUCACUGUUUUCCAAGAAUGAACAACUUUCGAGGAAGUCCCCAAGUAAAAAGUUGUAGCAGAUGUGGUAAGCCACCAAGAUCCAGAUGCAUCCUGUCUCAUCAUCCGUUGAGUUCGUACGUGAGGACAUGAAAUAGCUUUUCUGAGGACCUCUUCCCCCUUUUUGGCAGAAGGAUGAUAUUUUAAAUCAUGACAAAAUAUUCACCAGUCCACCUCUGCUGUGAAACACUGUGGGAUAAUUUGCAUUUUACGGGACAUGCAAACGGAGGAACUCCUUAGAACAAAUAAAGAAUACAUGAAGCCUGUGGUUCACUUAUGAAUUCUCCCAGGAGGAGAGUCAACAAGAGCAAUUCUGCCCUUCAUUUCCUUGUGCCUGCCAGCUGAAGACAAUAAGAGAUCCUAAAGAGAUUUGCUUAUUUAAUACACAUUUGGCAGCCUCUGUUAUGGCAGUGUCUCUGAUUUGCUGCUCUCUCUGCUGACAUUAAAUGGUGAAUUAGUUGCUCUUCUCACCAGUGACUCCAGAAAGUCUUGUGUUUUUUAGAGGGUCUUAUGUGCAAGAAUUUCUCUUGGUACAGUUUUGGACAGAGCCGGGCUGGCUGUUUCUCCCUGUUUACAGACCGUUAUGCUAUGCUAAGCUAACCUGCUGGCUGUAGUUUCAUAUUUACUGUACAAUCUUCUCAUCUAACUCUUGGCAAGACAGAAAAUAAAUUGUAUUUCCCAAAAAUAUCUGCCUUGAACUCUCUGCCCUGAUCAAUACAAUGCACUGCUUUUUAAUUUCAACUUUAUUUUUAAUCUGAUUCAACCUCCAAAGGUGUGAAAAACUUUCUGUUGCAUUCUGUGGAGAUAAGUGACUUGAACAACUACAGCUCCAUCUCCUCAGCUUUUCUGUCUUGGAAACAUCCUGCAGUCUCCAGAAACUGUAAAAUCAAUUUCCAGGUUUUCUCUUUUUUUUUUUUCAUGUGAAGCCCUGUUCAAUCUGGCCCGAGAGCUUAUCACAUCACCGGCUGCAAAUUACAUACUGUGCUGUGGACAUUACACCCGAUCACAUUGUAUUGGGUCCUUAUCGAUCUCUCAGAGCCCUUUGACACUCUCAUAUUGGAUUGGAUUCUGCUGUUUGUUGUUGGUUUCUUGAUGGAUAGUUUGUAAAAGUAACUAAUGAUAAAAUCAUUAUCAAAUGAUGAAAUCAAAUUUGUCAUUCACAUUUUUAAAUGUACUGUUCUGCUGCGUUUCCAUUAACAUCUGUGCUUUAAAAGUAUUUUGCAACCAUCAACCAUUGCUAUGAAUUUGCUCUGUCUUUUUUUUUUUUUUAGAUGGAUUUUAAAUUUAAAGAACUUUCUGUUGCAUUUCCUGAGUGAAAGGUACAAUAUGAUUUGUAUGUUGUUGUAAUUUAUGGCAACAAAGCUCUGCAGAAAAAAUGCUGCAGUCUGUUUAGAAGAGAAAGUGAGGUGGAGGAUGGAAACAGGGCGAGCUCAGCACAGAAACAUGAUGUGACUGACUGUGCUUUACAGCAAUGCACUACAUGUGUUUACCCUGUGACAGUGGGAGAAUGAAUAAGGAUAACUCAAAAUAAUGCUGAUGGUAAAUUAACUUUAUAUAGCACUUUUCAGAACAAGGUUACAAAGUGCUGUACAAAACAAAUGACAAUAAAAGCAAGAGAGAAAAAAAAUAAAGAAAUAACUGAAAAUACAAAAUUAGAAGACGCACAAUACAAAGAGAGACAACAUAAAAGCUUCAUCAGGCAAGGGAAAGAAAACUUACACAGUGAAAUGAUAAAAGAAUCUCUUAAAAGUACAUUUAUAAGUGUCAGUGAGGUCUUUCUAGAGUUAAGGAGCCCUGUCAGAAAAGGCACGAUGUGUUUUAUGUUUGUUAAUAUUUGACAUUUAAUAAAUUAUUAUAUCAAGAGUAACUUA